AUGGUAUCCACAUUCGAGGAAUAAUUAGACAUUGAAUAUGAGGGAUUUCAUUUUGUAAACGUCAUCACAUCAGAUGAUUUAGUGUACCAUUUCACAAAUCAAAAAUAUCAGAAGAUCGACAGUUCAGAAUAAUUGUUAUCAUAUUAAUACUUGACUUUGCAAGGAUCAAAAAUAUCAGCUUUGAUGGAUGACACAAAUGCGGACAAUGUUCCUGAAUAGCUUAAUUUUGAUUUCUAAUUAUUCACAGAUGCAGAUAAAAUCAAAUAGGUUACAAUCUUAUUGCCUCUCAGAUGUUACUUUGCAAGUUUACAUACAAUGGGGACGACCUAAAUUGAUAAGGAUUAUCAUAAUUGUAAAUAGCGGGUGAAGUUCAAUAUUUAUCAAUAAGAACCGUUGCCAUCAAGCAAUUUUGAUAUUGAAUAUUAUUCAGAAAUCAUAGUUGAUGACAAUCUUAGUAAUCAAUGGAUGAGUGAAAUGCUUUCAUAGAUUUAUACUAGAACAUACUCAAUUCGACCUCGGUUUAUCAGUAGAAAGAUUGGAGGGAAUUCUGAGAAGCAAUUGAGAGUUAGUAUAAAAUUGGACAACAUUAAAAUGCAAUUGAUUUAGAGAUGGGUGAGUUUACUAGCAAUAAUGAAAUUGGCAUGGCUGCAAUAUUUUUCGGUGUUCAUAAUAGAUUUGGAUAAAUUGGGAGAGAUUGACACUUGCAAAGUGGAAUAAUUAUGA